UGAACGAAACAAAAGAUAAUUUAUAAUAAAUGUCGUCUAAACGAAGGUGGCUCAAAAUAGUGUUCCCUUUGUUGCCAUGGCAUCAUCAAGUGUGGGCACUUUAUUAUUACCGAACCACACUCAACUUUUCUCACAAUCCAAACACUCAUCAAUUGGUGUAAGUAGAAGGCUACAUUUUCCUUCAACAAUAAGAGCAGAGAGUAUGACUACUGUCAUAGAGAAACUGGGCAUCAAGAUUGAGAGGAACCCUCCCGAGUCCAAGCUCACCCAACUUGGUGUUAAGCAAUGGCCAAAAUGGGGUUGUCCUCCAAGCAAAUUUCCAUGGACAUAUGAAGCCAAAGAGACUUGCUACCUUCUGGAAGGAAAAGUGAAGGUCACUCCUAGUGGGGAAAAUGAGUCAGUUGAAAUUGCUGCUGGUGACUUGGUUGUGUUUCCAAAAGGAAUGAGUUGCACUUGGGAUGUGUCUGUUGGUGUGGACAAGCACUAUAAGUUUGAAUAAAUCCUGUGAGGGGAUGCCUAUUGAAUAAAGAUAAAGGACAUUCAUGAAUUGAUGAUUUAGCACAAUAUUCUCUAAAAUUGGAUAUAGUAAGCACUGUUGGAGUGGUAUUUAGCUAUUGUGGCUAAAGUAGUUUUUAUUUCCUAUUUCUCUCUCUUGCUUCUUGCUGCAUUUCACCUAGGGUCUAACCCCAUUCAACUUAUUAAUAUUGAUUAUGCAAGUUCAGU